AUGCCAGCCUCCACAAAUAACUUUCAAGAGAUUCCCGUAAUUGAUCUGGCUCUUGCAGACGAUCCAAAGUCGCUUCCGGCUCUUCUCAGCGCUCUCCGCGUCGCGUUGAUAGACAUAGGAUUUCUUUACGUUUCAAACCACAAAGUGCCUUCGCAAGUGAUCCAAGAUCUUGUGGACAUUCUCCCAAUAUUAUUUGGCCUACCAGACAACGCCAAAAAUAAAAUUGCUCUGGAGAAUUCGAAGCAUUUCCUCGGCUACAGCGCUGUGGGUAGUGAAACGACUGCAGCAAAGGCCGAUGCAAGAGAACAAGUGGAAUUUGCAACAGAAUUGACGGCUUGGCCGUCUGAAAUUCCAGAACUGCGACCUAUCGUGGAGAAAUACAUUCAGGAAUUGACUCUUCUUGGAGAACGAUUCCUUUCUCUCGUCGCGCAAGCACUGGAUUUACCCAAAGAAGCAUUUCAACCCUUUCUCUCGGAUCAACACCGCCUCAAGGCCGUACAUUAUCCUGCAGCCGCCCCUGAUUCAGGCAUCACUCAAGGCGUUGGUCCGCAUACAGACUCUUCUGGAUGGUGGACCUUUUUACUCCAAGCAUCAGAAAGGCAUGUCAGAGGAUUACAAGUUCUCAACAAAACUGGUGAUUGGAUUGAUGUUCCUGUGCUGCCAGACACAUUUGUGGUAAACGUUGGCCAGGCGUUUGAAGUUUUGACACAUCGUACUUGCAAGGCCACUAUCCACAGAGUACUCUCAACUCGCGACGAGAGAUACAGCAUCCCCUUUUUCCAAGGCGUACGACGAGAUCUCACCAAGAAAGAGGCUCUUGAGUCUUUUCAAGAGCAUUUCUCUACUUUUGAACCAGAUGCAAGCAUUGAGUCAGAUGUGGGACGAGUUGUAGAUUCUCCGUUUUUGCGAGGCAAAUAUGAUACGUGGGGGGAAAGUCAGCUAAGAACCAAGAUUCGAAGCCAUCGAUCCAACGGACAAAAGUUUUAUCCUCAGGUGUAUAAUAAAUACGUCGAAGAUGAUGCUUAG